GGUUUAUUUGUAAAAGAACAGACCUAUUGAUCCCAAAUGGCCGGUUACAUCUGAUAUUCACUAGAUACUCCGAUCAGUGGCCGCAGAGGGGAACAAGGCGGCGAGCGAGAGAUGAGCUUGAGCACGGUGGGGUACCUUGCGCGCAGGGCAGCGCAAAAGGAGCGUGUUCGGAUCCUCUACCGGCGUGCUCUCAGAGACACCCUCAACUGGGCCGUCCACCGCCAUCUCUUCUACCAAGAUGCAUCAGACCUGAGAGAAAGAUUUGAGGCAAACAAGAAUGUGGAGGAUCUGGACACCAUUGAUCACCUCAUUGCUGAUGCUGAAGCACAGUAUGAGAAGUGGCGUCACCCUGAUCCUUAUAUUGUUCCAUGGGCUCCUGGCGGCACCAAAUUUACUCGAAAUCCACCUCCACCCUCUGGGAUUGAGAUUGUGUAUGAUUAUGGGAAAGAAGAAAAUGAGUGACUGAAGCUCAAUCAUUGCAAAUAAAUCCCAUUGAAUUAUGAAAUGGGACUGUGCCAAGUGUUUCUUCUUGUUUAAGUGAAUAGUGUAUGAUUUAUCAGGUCUAAUUAAUUUCAGCAUGCCUAAAAAUUCUGAUUUAUGUUUGAUAAUUCAACAGCUUUGAUCUGUGCCAUUAGUUUUGGUGUCCUUCGGUUGUAAUACAUAAAUCUUUUGAAUUAUCCAGGAAGAACAUCAGAGUUGCCGAUGUUUAUCUUUCCUUUA